GGUACUGGGUAACCUGGGAGUGGCUCCAGUCCACAACAGACACACAAUGGAUAGACAGACAGGCUUGAUACAAUAUUACCACUGCUUGGUCGGCCUUUUGAUACUGUAGCUCGUAGGAAAUCGAUAACAUGGUUUAGUGACUGUAAAAUAUUGCCAUUGCAGUGUGUCUUCAGUGGCCAAUGUUGCUAUAGCGAGGUUGCUAACGUCGUUAGCUAGCUUUGCUAACAGCAGGGGUAUUGUUUUGCCGAAAUCUCUAGCUGGCUAGCCUACCUCCACGUUAGCGAGUAGUAACACCUGAGGGAAAACUGCUUUAAUACUACGAGAUAGCUGCCUUUCAAAGAAUAUGGAAACCACUUUUGAUGUAAAUCAUCUUUUCCCUGAAACGAUUACAGUUUUGGACCAUAAUCUAAUUGCAGGUGGAACAUCGCUGGGAAGGUCAGAUCCUCAACCCCAAAUUGCAGCAGUCAUUGAUGAACUUGGAAGAGCCUCAGCCAAGGCCCAAUACUUGACAGCCCCAAUCACAAGUGCAUCCAAGCUGCAGACCAACAAGCACCAUCUCUACCUGCUGAAGGACGGAGAAAGCAAUGGAGGAAGGGGACUUGCGGUGGGGUUUCUGAAGGUUGGCUAUAAGAAGUUAUUUCUGCUUGACCAGCAGGGGGCGCAUGUCGAGACAGAGCCUCUGUGUGUCUUGGAUUUCUUUGUUAAAGAGAACCUUCAGAGGCACGGCUACGGACUGGAGCUGUUUAGCUUUAUGCUGCAGCACAAAAAGGUGGAGCCAGUGCUGAUGGCUUACGACAGGCCCUCCCCUAAGUUCCUCUCUUUUCUGGAGAAGCAUUACUGUCUGAAAAACAGUGUACCUCAGGUCAAUAACUUUGUGGUGUUUGACGGUUUCUUCGCCAAAAGAUCAGCGGCCCAGUUGAGAAAGGUUCCCCCCAAAAAGCCGGACGGAGAGAUCAAGCCCUACUCACUGAUGGAGAGAGAAGCUGUGCGAGAGGAGCAGAGGGCUCUUCCCUGGCCUUUGUGUCGUCACGCGGCUCCACCCCUUUCUCCCCCAUUGUCGGUAUCCUCCCCUUGCUCCCCAAGCAGGGGCCGCCAGCGUCCCGAUCCGGCCCUGGCCCCGGCACCUGCCCCUGGGGGCAACAGGGGCCCGAACCCCCACCCCCCACUCAUCAACAGCCUCAACUGCAGGGCAAAGCGCACCAGCCAACAGGGCCUGGUUGCCAGGGACAACCUCUACAGCCGCCACGUCAACACCCGGGGAUUUGGGCUGUUGUUGGCGCCACAGCCGAACACCUUCAAACUGCCAGGUUUGAGACCAGUGUUGAGAGACAGAGAGACUGACAUAGGAGGACAGAGAGAGCCACUGGGACACAGAGACAGGAAGGAGCCAAUCCCAGCCCAGAACACCAUGAUGACCACCAGAGAACCAGACAGACAGGCCGAGACGGAGACCAGGCUGCUGGAGAAGGGGCGCCGGAUGGGGGUAGGGGGAGAGCCCUGGCCAGGGAGGGGUGGAGGAGAAGGAGGUGGGCCUCUGGAGGUGGCUGAGAGGGACAUAGGUAGAGGAGGAAGGUCCUGGGGAGGAGGACCCCUGGAGGUGGCUGAGAAGGGACCAUCGGAGGCUGAGAGGAACAUGGGGACAGGAGGGUGGUCGUGGACGCUGGGAAAGAGCUGCUGUAACACAGCCCAGUGGGCCAGGCAGGAGUAUAGAAACACCAGACCCUGGUGACGCAACAUGGACAGACGGACAAACAGACUGAUGAUUAGGGAUCAAGAGAAACGGGGGGAGUGGGGAGAAAAGAGAUGAGAGAAGAAAGCCACAGAUGAAGAGAAUAGAGAGAUAAGAGAGAAGAAAGCCAAUCCUCUUCCACUUCCCUUCAUCCCUCUUUCCGGAUCACUAAUUAGUGGUUGUAUGUUUAUAACAAGACAGAAUGAGUGAGGGGUUUGGUUGGAACGCAACAACAGUCAGCCAGAUGUCUCUUAUCACUGAGUGUUUGGAUCUGUCCCAAAUGGCACCCUAUUCCCUAUGUAGUGCACUACUUUCUACCAGAGCCCUAUUCCCUAUGUAGUGCACUACUUUCUACCAGAGCCCUAUUCCCUAUGUAGUGCACUACUUUCUACCAGAGCCCUAUUCCCUAUGUAGUGCACUACUUUCUACCAGAGCCCUAUUCCCUAUGUAGUGCACUACUUUCUACCAGAGCCCUAUUCCCUAUGUAGUGCACUACUUUCUACCAGAGCCCAGGUCAUAGGGUGCCAUUUGGGAUGGACAUAGACAGCGUGAGAGUGUACCGUGAUGGGUUACAGCACAAUGUUCAGAAUGUAGCAGUGAAUGGUAAAGCUUUACAGACCUCCUAAAUCUGCAAAGGCAAUGGAGACAUGCUUGAAAUUCCAUUAGACUUGAGUUUACCAGACAUAUUUUAUGCCACUUUAAUUCAUUUUGUUUUAAACUAUUUCAUUCAAAUGUAUUUUCAUUUUUUUUAAAUCUGAAGAUAAAGUAUUAUGCUAUGAAUGUCAAUGUUUUUUUCUAUAAAUAAAUUGGCUACACAGACGAUCAC